GAAUAGCGUUUACAUAAGGUACGCAGACUACGCACAUCAUAUACAAGCCAUUGUGCGCACCGAGCACUGUUAUUGCUGCUGGCCCCGGAGAGAGUAAGCUAUUGUGCCACUCUUGUCUAAACCAUAGCCUAAUGUGCAUUUUUUGUGAAGGAAAAACACUAGUUCAAACUGCUAGUGUAAGUGGAAUAACAUCAGUCACGCCACCUACGUGGAGAGAAAGGCAGGGACCCAUAUAGGCUACUGACUUUGGUUGUGUCCUGAGUUUGCCGUAUCUGCCACCAUGUUUCGUGCCACCACUGCCUCCCUGUGUGCCUGCCAUCGGCUCCGCCUGUUGCCCUCCACGGGGGCCUACAGCAACGGCACGCUCGUCAGCAGCAGUCUGGCCGAGAACCAGCAGACGGUCAGCACCCUCUACGACCUGUCCGUGGACAUCCGCAAGGUGCGCAAGUUCAAGAGCUGGGUGCUCUUCGAGAGCCCCACGUACGCGCGCGAGACGGCCGGCCUGCUGCAGGACAUGGGCGCCGACACGGCCUGCGUGGCGCGCGUGCUGGAGGCCCACCCCGAGGCCAUCCUCUGCCGGCCGGAGGACGUGGCGGCGCAGCGCGACCUCUGGGCCACCGUCUGCCCCAACCAGCGCGAGCUGCUGGGCAUCGUCGAGAAGUUCCCCGCCUCCUUCUUCGCCGUGUCCAACCACGCCAACCAGCUGGACAACUUCCGCUACCUGCAGAGCCUGCGGCUGAGCAAGCGCGUCAUCGGCAAGCUGAUGGCCAGCGCGCCGCAGAGCUUCAGCCGGCCCGUGCGGCGCAACCAGGAGGUCAUCCACACGCUGCGCGAGACCUACCUGGACCUGGGCGGCCACGAGGGCAACCUGCGCGUCUGGCUCCAGAAGCUGCUCAGCCAGAACCCGUACAUCAUGCUGCGGCCGGCCGAGGCCUGGCGCGACAGCCUGGGCUUCCUGCACGACCGCGGCUUCACCACCGAGCAGCUGCUGCAGCUGGUGUCCAGCCUGCGCGCCUGCAUCUCCGAGAUGGAGCCGGCCACCAUGCAGCAGGCCAUGGACUACACGCAGGCGGCGCUGGACUGCUCGGGCGAGGAGCUGCGUGGCAUCGUGCUGCGCUGCCCGGCGCUGCUCUACUACUCGGUGCCCGUGCUCGCCGGGCGCUUCAGCGGGCUCAUGGACGCCGGGCUGACCCCCGAGCAGGUGCGCGAGGCGCCCAACGUGCUGGAGCUCACCACGCAGAUCGUCACGUACCGCAUCAGCAAGCUGGCGUCGUACGGCUACGACGUGCGCGCGGGGAGCCUGGACGUCAUCGUCGGGACCAAGAAGGACUUUGAGGCCAGCUACGGCCGGCUGAAGCUACGCACGGAGAGGCCACUCUUCAACCCAGUGGCCCCGCUGAGGUGCUCAGAAGAGUGAUUUGGACUCUAGACUAGAGUGAGCCACACUGCUGUGAAGCCUGGCUUGGCUGACUUCCCUUUGCAUAAGAAACUGUGGGGAAAUUGAUAUGCAAUAUAAAGCCAGACUGGAAAAAAAUGACUACUCUGUUGACAUGAAACAUGAUCACUAUAAUGUAUAUCUUAUAGAUCUCGUGAUCAAAAAAAAG